AUGGAGAAAAAAGUCUCGCACGAGGGCCAUGGCUCCGGCGACAGCUACAACCUCAACAUCGAGGCCUCCCAGCCCGCCGAGACCGCCGAAUUCAACCUCGCCAACAAGCAUGACCAGCUCGAGCGCGGUCUCAAGAGUCGACACAUUCAGUUCCUCGCCCUCGGUGGUGCCAUCGGUACCGGUCUCUUUGUCGGUUCCGGUGCCAUCCUCAGCCAGUGCGGCCCCGCGCCUCUCUUCAUGGCCUACAUCUUCAUGAUGGCCAUUGUCUGGACCGUCAUGAACUGUCUUGCCGAAAUGGUCACUCUCCUGCCCAUGCGCGGCAUCACCGUCCCCUACUUUGUCGAGCGCUUCGUCGAUCCCUCCCUUGCCUUUGCCGCCGGCUGGAACUACUGGUACGUCUACGCCAUCCUCGUCGGAGCAGAAGCCUCCGCCGCCAGUAUAGUCAUCGACUACUGGCCUGGCGCCCGAAAGGUCCACGUUGCCGUCUGGAUUACCGUCGUCCUCUUCGUCAUGCUCUUCCUCAAUAUCAUUGCCGUUCAAUUCUUUGGCGAGGCCGAGUUUUGGUUUGCCAGUAUCAAGCUGCUCACCAUCAUGGGCCUCAUCAUUCUCGGCAUCGUCAUCUUCUUUGGCGGCGGCCCCAAUCAAUCGCAUGUGCGAGGCUUUUAUUACUGGGCUCAUCCAGGGGCCUUUGUGCAGUACAAAGGUGUAGGGGGCUCGACUGGCCGCUUCCUCGCCUUUUGGCACGCCUUCAUCACCGCCGGCUUCGCCUUCAUCACCUCCCCCGAGCUGAUUGCCAUUGCUGCCGGUGAGACUGUCGCUCCUCGUCGCAACAUUCCCAAGGCUGCUCGCCGCUUCGUCUGGCGUCUUGCCAUCUUCUACGGUUGCUCUUCGCUCAUCAUUGGUAUCCUCGUCGCUUCCAACGACGAUCAGCUUCUCGGCGCUCUCGACAGCGGCGCCGGUGGUGCCGCUGCCUCUCCGUUUGUUAUUGGCAUCCAGAACGUUGGCAUCGCCGUCCUCAACCACAUCAUCAAUGCCGCCAUUCUCACCUCUGCCUGGUCGGCCGGUAACUCCUUUCUCUACUCGGGCAGCCGUGUCCUCUACUCCAUGUCACUUACCGGCAAUGCCCCCCGCAUCUUCUCCAAGACGACUAAGCUUGGUGUUCCCUGGGUCGCUGUCCUCACCACCUUUGCUGUCGGCCUGCUCUCCUAUCUCAAUGUCAGCAACUCUGGUGAAAAGGUCUUCACCUGGUUCGUCAACCUGUCGACCGUUUCUGGCUAUAUUGCGUGGAUCAUCGUCAUGAUUACCUACGUCCGCUUCCGCAAAGCCCUCGAGUACAACAACCUCAUGGACAUUCGCCCGUACACGACGCCCCUCCAGCCCUAUGCCAGCUAUUUCAUGAUUGGCCUGGUCAGUCUCAUCACCAUCACCAACGGCUUUCAGACCUUCAUGGCCAAGCCCUUUGUCGCUGCUGAUUUCAUCGCCGCCUACAUUACCAUUCCCAUUGUCGUGCUACUCUACGUCGGUCACAAGAUCUGGUUCAGAACCCGCCUCGCCAUCCCGAUACACGAGAUUGACGUCGUCACUGGCGUCAAGGAAAUGGACGAGCUGGCGCAGAUGGAGGAGGAGCGUGUUGCCAGUAAUGUGUUCCAGAAGGUUUGGUACUGGCUCGCGUAG